GUAGUUCAACAAGCAGGUUCGGUGCCUCGGCACGACGAGUCCCCAUUGGCACUCGCACGUGGAUCGUCGUCAGCGGUGGUUUCGCGCGCGCGUUACGGUCCUCACAGCAGAGUCACCGUUCACGCCGGGUGGCCUUUUCCAACGUAGUCGCAUAGAAACCACCCUUAAUGUGUACACGUUUUUAUUUUUCAAAUCAAUUGUAACCGUUUUUCCAGAAAGUGCCGGUCUUGUCGUGAGAAACUAUCUUGAGAGAUUUUUAGUUUUUUUUUGGUGCAAUUCUUUUGGUGUACUAAUUGGGAUUACAUCACAAUCAAUAGUGCAACGUCGGAAAAAAACACAGGACGAAACAAAGAUAAUUCAGAAUAGACGGUUUAAAUGCUGGACGGCUCGAGGUGUAAUUAACGUUGAUCGAGUAUCAAAGAAAGUGUCAAGAUUGAGCAAGUCGUUCUUCCGUCCGGCGGUGAACUCGCCAAAUUUUGGAGGAUGUUGAUGCCGGGUGCGGCGGGUCUCGGGACGGUGGGCGCCGUGGGUGCGAUGAGUCCCCCAGCGCCUGAAGAGUUGGUGCAAGGACUGGGAGCCUUGGCCGGAACGACGCCGCAGCAAAAAGACACGACAUGGACGAAGCUCUUUGUCGGCGGUUUGCCGUAUCACACGACCGAUAAGAGUCUUCGGGAACACUUCAACGUUUACGGUGAUAUCGAGGAGGCAGUCGUAAUUACAGAUCGGCAGACUGGCAAAAGUCGAGGUUACGGCUUUGUGAUUAUGGGGGACAGACCUGCUGCGGAAAGAGCAUGCAAAGACCCAAAUCCAAUCAUCGACGGACGCAAAGCGAACGUUAAUCUGGCCAUUCUCGGAGCUAAACCCCGGGGUAAUUUACAAACAACAUUCCCGUUCACUGCAGGCAUCCGGGCUGGUUAUCCAGCGGUGCUUCCUGGACAAUAUGGGGUACCACCGGGCUAUGUGUAUCAAUCGCCUUACCUGGCGGCAGCAGCGCCAGGUGGCCUGGUGCCUCUUCCGGCGACGCAGUUGGGCCACGCAGCCCUCGCGGCGGCUUCGCAAUUCUACGAGUACCAGAACGCGGCGGCGGCCGCCGCGACCUACCCCGGCACAUCCUAUAACUUCGCCGAGGCGUAUCCGUACACCACCGCAGCCGCGGCUGGUACGUGUCUGAAUACAGUCCAGAGCAAGGGCGGUAGUAGCAACUAUCCGAUUAACCAUCACCAACAACAACAGAACCAACAACAGCAAAACAGUCCUGUAGCGACGUUGGCUCAUCAGCAGCGGUUGGAGAAAGCUCUAUUACCGCAAGUUCUGCCGUCCGUGCUACGUGACUACGCUAACGCGGCAGCGGCUGGUUAUGUGACGCCGUACACGUAUGCUACGUUACCAGGUGCUGCGGGUUUGCCAGCAGCGGCGGCGGCGGCAGCAACAGCAGCUGGAGCAGCAUUUCCAGCCCUGCCGUAUCAGACGACACCUCAGGAGGCCAGAUUGCAAUAAAAGAAAGCUUCAAUCAGAGAACCACCUAUGGAUGGUUUGUAAUCCAAGGCUUUGUAAGAAGCGAGCUGCAACGAGGCAUUCGGGUUUCCGAAUUGUCAGUAUCAGGGAUUGGCUCAUCAGCUUCUCUUUUAGCUGUUCUUCGAGAUUUCUAUGUUCCUGUUUGUGUCUCACGGAAAAUUUUGAUGUAUGGUUGUGAGAACUGCAAACAAAAGAAAAAAAACAAGCAAAAACGAGUAAAAAGACGAUGAAUUUGAUCAUGAAAUCGUUGAUUCGCAACAUCUCGCUAAACUCUACACAAUCUACGAUAUAUGUAUCCUCUUCUUCCUUUGUAUCGCCUGUUCUUAACCCUAAUCUUCCUGUCUAAGUUUUCCUGUCACGAGACAUCGGCGCGCUUUACGACCAACACGGUGAAAUUUUAACACAAUUAUAUUAAAAUUAACGACUAAUAAAUAAUUAUAUCAAGAGAGACGAGCUUGUGUGUGUAAAACAAAAGUGAUUCUUAUAAUAUUCAGAGAAAUUGAGAGCCAAAAGGAUAAACAAAUAGAUUCAAAUAAAUAUUGUUAGAUCCGUCGGAAAAUAUGUGCGCAAAAAAAAAAAAAAAAUUCAUAAGGCUUUUAGGCACGACGCUAUUUUCUAGCGUCUUUGUGAGAUGAGUUUUAUAUUUCGGAAUAUUAUCUGUUACAAUGGAAACGAUGUAACGAAAUAUAAACGCGUUUUAUUUAGAGUAUACGGAUCUUGAGUCUCCUAGAUAAUCGCAGAUGUAAUUGUCUUGAACGGAUAACUUCAGAAGCUAGAAAAUAUUCGCCUAAAAUUGCUGCGACUCGCGUUAAAAAUAAAAAAGAUCCUUUCAUAUAAAUUCGCUUUUCCUUAAUCCGCAGAACACGUACGAAAACUCAUGUUUUAAGCAUUUUGCGUCUAAUAAAUGCGACAUACGAUUCAAUGUCGUAUGUGUCUGGCUUGUGAUUGCAAGUUUCAGACACAGACUGCUCUCGAAUCUCAAGCUCGAACAUUCAAUUGUUCGAACUCAAGUUUGAAAGCAUUAAUCGAACAGCUCUAGACUGUAAAAAAUUUUGACAAUUGUUUCGUAAAUUGGCACGGGCGUAUAAAGUCGAAAAAAAAUUAAUGAACAAGAUCAGAGAAGAGUAAUGUAUUGUAGUGUUCAAAUAUGAGAACGAAUUGAUCGAAUAAAAUUCGAACUAAUUGUUCAAAAAUAUUUCUAGUUUGAAAUAGUCACGCAAUAAAAAUAAUUCGAGCGUGUAAUUUGUGCGAAUCUGUUGUCCCGGUGUUUCUAGCAAAAAGUAAGCCCUAUGUAACAAUUGAUAUAGACUUACUAAUUUACUACAAUACAUAGUUCUAAGUUACCAGUUAAACCGUAAAAAUACACUGUUUUCGACAGAUUUUUACGAAUGUGCUCAAUCGAAUAAGAUUUUUACCGAAAAUUACAGCAAUUUUAGGCGUUGAUAACUUCUAAACAAAUCAAGCAAAUUCAACGAUUUCUGCGUGAGCUUAACAUCAUCAUUUAAAGACACGUGUAAAAUUUUGUGUCGAUUAGCGAAUAUAUAUUUAUUAGUUUCGAUCUGUAACUAGAAAAUAUUUAUAUAA